GGUAACAAUGGGGGGCUUCUGAUCUGUAGACCCUCAGGCACAUGUGAAACUGAGAAGGGGGGCCCCACAUCCCACCUGGACCUGUAGGGCCACUCCUUCUAAAUGAUCAUGGCUACCAUGGGCGGUCAUGACGGCUACAAUAUCCAAGCCACCGCCGCCAUUGCAGCUGUCACCACCUUCCUCAUCAUCUUCACCAUCUUUGGCAACAUUCUGGUGAUCAUUGCUGUGCUGACCAGCAGGUCUCUGAAAGCCCCACAGAACCUUUUCCUGGUGUCCCUUGCGGCCGCAGACAUCCUAGUGGCCACCCUCAUCAUCCCCUUCUCUCUUGCCAAUGAGUUGAUGGGCUACUGGUAUUUCAGCAGGACAUGGUGUAAAGCCUACCUGGCCUUGGAUGUUCUCUUCUGCACAGCCUCCAUCGUGCAUCUCUGCGCCAUCAGUCUGGACCGGUACUGGUCGGUGAGCCGAGCCAUUGAGUACAACUCCAAGAGGACGCCUCGGAGAAUCAAGUGCACCAUCCUUGUGGUGUGGCUGAUUGCGGCCGUCAUCUCCUUGCCUCCGCUGGUCCUCAAUGAAAACCCAAACAAUGCCAAAGAGGAUGCAAGGAGGUGUGAGCUGAAUGAGGAGCCCUGGUACAUCCUCUCCUCCAGCACCUGCUCUUUCUUUGCCCCCUGCGUCAUUAUGAUCUUGGUGUAUAUUAGGAUCUACUUCAUAGCCAAGCGUCGAAACAAGCAGAGGACUCAGGCUAAGAAGCCCAAGACAAAGGCAGAAGAAGGGGUGCCCCAAAUCAUCGCUGUUCCAUCUGUUGAAACCUCUCCCAAGCAGGACCAAUCCAAGCCUCAGGGAGAAGGGGAGCCAAAUGGACAUCAGGUACCCACUCAGGAAAGUGACCAGCCAGAGACCCAUUGCCUCUCUACUGAGAAGUUUUCUCUUGUAAGCCAGGAGGAGAAAGACCCAGAGCCAGCAACUGCCACCAGCCCUUCUCAGUCCCUGCCUGAGAAGAAGCCAUCUUCAGAGUGCUUUCCCCCCAGCAGCAUCAAGCGGGGCAAUGGACCCCCCCAGAACUCCCCUCAGGGCAUGGACACCUUGGCCACUGCGAGAGGGGAGGUCCUGCUGGUGAGAAGGGUGAAGACCCUCAGUGCCAACCCCUGGAAGAGGAAGACGCACCUCAACCGGGAGAAGAGGUUCACCUUUGUCCUGGCUGUGGUGAUCGGGGUCUUUGUCAUCUGUUGGUUCCCUUUCUUCUUCCUCUACAGCCUCCGGGCCAUCUGUCCCCCAGAGCACUGUCCAAUCCCAGAUAGCACCUUUAAGUUUUUCUUCUGGAUUGGCUACUGCAACAGCUCCUUGAACCCUGUCAUAUAUACCAUCUUCAAUCAGGACUUUCGUAAGGCUUUUAGGAAGAUUCUCUGCAGGCAGUGGACUCAGACUGCCUGGUAAGAGAGGCUGGGUGAGGGCAAGCAAGCAAGCAAUUCAGAGUGCAUGGGGACCCUUGUGGAAACAGAACUCAUCAUGCUAUUUAAACUAAACAAGGAAAACUAUAUUUAUUUGUUGGCUUUUGUGUUUGUAGAAAGGGGAGUGAGGUGAGUGCUGGAUAGAAACUGGCUUUUCAGGCAGUCGAUUUUAGUUCAGCUAUCUCUGUCUGUGUGUGUAUAAUGCAGACCCACACCCAUAUGUUCCGCCAACAUAUUUUUUUUCACCGAAAGAUUAUGUGCCAAUGCCAAAUAUCUUCUGAUUAGUUGGGUCAAAGGAACCUUUCCCCCCUAAAUCCUGUGGCUGAAUGAGAGUGUGCUCAAGGGUUGCCAGCUUUGCAAACUACCCCUGUUGCUGUGCCUUUAACAGCAGCUUGAUCUGCAGGGAUUAGUAGGUGAUAAUGUUUUUGUCUCCAUGCUGCAAAAAGCUUCCUGUGCGAUUCCUGCAGACUAAGAUGCUGUCAAGGCAAAGGAACAACCUUGGCAAAUUUCCUCACCUCCUGACCACUUGGCAGCCUCCUGUGCCAUCCAGGUAAG